GAACUAAGAAAUAAUGUUGGUGGUUUAACUGUAAAUGGAUUAGAUGAGAUGAGAAAUGAAAUUUGGAAAUGAUGUUGAGGGUGGCCGUGCGAUGGAAUUGGAGGCCAAUGGCUUCUUCUCUGCCUCUAACUCGCUUCACAUACAAACACUUCCACACCCUCAACCCUACCCCUCCAUUACCCUCCUUCAACGUUUCUUCUUCUUCUGCUCCUCUUACGCACACCUCACCUCCUCUCUCCACCGACUUGGACCCCUACCUCCGCUGUUGCCUGCCGCACAAGUCAUCACUCCGAGUUGCCGUUCUCGUUAGCGGCGGUGUCGAUAGCAGCGUCGCUCUCCGCCUACUCCACGCCGCCGGCCAUUCCUGCACCGCGUUCUACCUCAAGAUAUGGUUCCAAGAAGACUUCGAGAACUUUUGGUCGGAAUGCCCGUGGGAAGAGGAUUUGAAGCACGCCAAAGCUGUUUGUAAUCAGGUUGAAGUGCCAUUAGAAGUUGUUCAUUUGACCGAUGAAUACUGGAACAAUGUGGUUUCUUACAUCAUUGAAGAGUAUCGUUGUGGCCGAACUCCUAACCCUGAUGUUCUUUGCAAUACAAGAAUAAAGUUUGGUGCAUUCUUGGAUGCAAUCAGUAGUAUGAGUUUUGACUAUGUUGCCUCUGGGCAUUAUGCGAAUGUUAUCCACCCAUGUGCUGAUCAGAUGGAUGAGCCUUCAGUAUUGGAACUAUCACAAGACAUGGUAAAGGAUCAAACAUACUUCCUUUCCCACCUCUCACAAUCCCAGCUGAAGCGACUUCUUUUUCCACUUGGUUGUAUUCCCAAGGAUGAAGUCCGCAAGCUUGCCACAAGAUUUGAUCUACCUAAUAAGGAUAGAAAGGAUUCCCAGGGAAUAUGCUUUCUGGGCAAGAUAAGAUUCAGUGAAUUUGUUGCAAGACAUAUUGGGGAGAGAGAAGGUAUCAUACUGGAAGCUGAAACAGGAGAUUUCCUUGGCAAACAUCGAGGGUUCUGGUUUUAUACUAUUGGUCAGCGCCAGGGUUUACGACUACCUGGAGGUCCAUGGUAUGUUGUUGAGAAGGAUGUCAAAAACAAUGUAGUUUUUGUGUCAAGAAAUUACUUUUCCUUUGACAAAAGAAGGCGCAUAUUCCGUGUUGGCUCUGUAAAAUGGCUUGGUGGGUUGCUCCCAAGCCAGACAAGUCAGCUCCAAUGCAAGGUGAGACAUGGUCCUGGAUUCUAUGAUUGUAGCUUAGAAAUGGAAAUGGAAGAAGAUGGCCAAGAUCACUCUGUUGUUGUCCGCAUAUCUGAAGAUGAUCAAGGCCUAGCAGCUGGCCAGUUUGCGGCCUUCUAUGAGGGAAGAGCAUGCAUAGGUUCGGGUGUGAUUUUAGAGUCCUGGGAUGAUCAGAGUUUUCCAGUAUGUACAAAAGCUUUAGAAAUUGCGAGAAUUGAAGAUAAAUCAAAGAUUGGGAAUCCGGUAAAGAUAAAGGUUAAACCAGAUAAUCCGCAAGAAGUGUGUGAUUCUUCAGAGUUAGCAAGUAAGGCAUCAUAAGGAAAUAAGAAAUUCCCUUCCGUAUUCCCUUCCAAUUGGCUACAAAAAAACAUGGGCAAGCGUGAUCAAUACAUGUAGAUUUUCUGAUCUUUGGUUCGGGAACGUUUUUUAUAUACAUGUUCUGGGAAAUCAUAAGUACUUUUUGUAGAUGGCUGUAGGAAAUUAGUAGCUUCCAUUCUUCGGUGUUUUGAAUUAAAUGUGUAUUGACAAUAUACCUUAAGACGUAAUACAUUUCUAACCAUAAUAAUUAUUAAAUGAAGAAUUUCUUAAUUUGGAAUUAAUCAAUAAAAAAAGAACCAGUGUUGUG